AUGGAGGGGGUCACAGUUGGCCAGGUAUUCGAUGCGGAAUGCAUCCUCAGCAAACGGCCGAAAAAGGGCAAGUUUGAGUAUUUGGUGAAGUGGAGAGGGUGGUCGUCCAAGCACAACAGCUGGGAGCCAGAGGAAAAUAUUUUGGACCCGAGGCUUCUGGCAGCAUUUCACAAGAGAGAACAAGAGAGGGAGCUUCUGUUCCAGAAGAAAGGAAAGAGGCCGAGAGGACGUCCGCGGAAGAUUCUGCCACCCGAACCAGCUGCUGCGAAAGACAGCCGCUCCUCGUCCUCCUCUUCCUCUGGCCUUUCGUCAUCCGCUUGCUCCUCUUCCUCAGAGGAUGAAGAUCACACAAAGAAGGCGAAGCCCAGCCCUCGCGUCCAUCCUGUCCCCCAGAAGAGGCCACAGAUCGUGCUGGCCAAACCAGAUCCUCCCCGCAAGAAUAAGCGUGGGAGGAAGCCACUCCACCCUGAUCUGAGGGCUUUAAGACAAGCGAAGAGCAGACCGCCUCCUCCUCCUCCCCCUCCCCCUCCUCCACGCCACCACCAGGUGCUCAGAUCGCCCAGGGAGGAGCCUCGACCUGGGGUGAAGAAACCUCUGCAGCCGGCCAGCUUCACCUACACAGGGCUGAGCAGGAGCUCCAGAGAUGAGGCUGCCUCCGCCUCCCAGACCUCCGCCAGCUCCUUCUCCCAGACUGCCGCCUCUAAAUCCGGAUCCCUCAGCUGCAUUUGGACCAGUCGCUCCAUGUCUCCGUCCUCCGGCUCCUCCUACAACAAAACCAGUCCGUCCCCUCAAAGUAAGAACUCUCUGUCGGAGCUGAAGCGUUCCAUCUCAGAAACAGGCUGCAGCCGAGGUGACGGGUUUAAGAUGUCUCAGCUGAAACAAGGUGGAGGUUCGGGGUCGGUGGGUUUGCACAGCAGCUUCGGAGGAGGCCAGACAGUCCAGCGCUCGCCGCUGGGCCAGAGGAGGCAGGAAGGUCAGACCGGGUUGGUUCAACACAAGCAGCAGAACUCCAUCCUCUCCAAACCGUCGUCCUCGCCGACGCCUCGAGACCGAGCCAACCAGGCGCUCAGCCUCCGAGCCCUCAACCUGCAGAGCGUCAGCAAGCCGCCAGCUGGCAGCAGCCAUCAGGGAAACAACACAAGCGGCGCCGGAGCUGCAGCGUCCAGGUCUAGCUUGAGGAGUGGCGGCAGCAUCGUUGUGAAGGGAGGAGUAGGUAGUAUGAAAGACACUCUAACAUCCGCCGGUGGGCAGCGCGCUGGUCUGGCAGCAGGCGGCGGUGCAGACCAGGGGAGGCUCAGAGACGACAGGGGGAAGGAGAUGUUAGCGGACGCUAAGAAGCUGACAGGAAGCGGCUCGGGCCGAGGGAACGGCAGCGGGAGGCACGAGGAGAGGAAACACGGGCUCAGCUCUCAGAACCGGAGUCUGAACGAGCUCAGCACCGGCGACUCGGACGAGACCAGCAGCAGCGAAUCGGAGCACGACGCCUCCCUGUAUCCAAACAACAGCAGGCCCAGCCUCGGAAAUGACGCCACAGAGUCUGACACGGAAACGGACUGGCGGCCAGCCCGGAGCCUCCUGGAACACGUGUUCGUCACCGACGUCACGGCCAACUUCAUCACGGUGACGGUGAAGGAGUCGCCGACCAGCGUGGGAUUCUUCAACUCACGGAAUCACUGAAGGACGUCUGUGACGAUGCCUCAGUCUGCAGAGCUGAGCUGGACCGAACUGUCUGACAACUCUUCCCAUGACAGCUCUCAGGGUUCCUGCACCACUCUGGAUGUUUAUCUACAGAGACUCAUUCUCAGCUCUUUAUAUGCUUAGAAAUGCACAACAAGUUUGGGAGACUUACCAUGUCGUCCGAACCACAGCUUCUGUGGUUUCAGUCAUCCAGCGAUGUUACAUAAGACGUAGAGGACAAAGACACAGUGGAGACAUCAAACUGAAGAAGAAUUUCCUUUGGUCAAGUGUUUGUUGAAACAGUGUAGGAGCCCUGAUGUUAGACCCUGUUUACACCUGAUAUUCAAAUGCAGUCUGUGUCUGGAGAAGCGAAAAUGAAGUCCUGGAAGUACAGUUUGUCCAUCCAUCCAUCCAUCGCCCUGCAUCCACCUGAUGUAGUUAACGUCUGGGCGCGGAGGUCAGAGUGCUUCAGCCAGAUUCACUUUCUCUUAGUGGUGUCUAGACAUGCAGAUCCGGUCAGUGUCGGAGAUCUUUGCAACGUCCACUUCAAUACAAUGGAGGUCAGUGGAUUUUUGUUUGUGGUGGUGCUGUUAAAAUGAAGGAAAACCACUGAUCAGGGGCUUACAAUCAGGGUAAUUCUGUGAUAAUACUAUUCUUGGCAAUAUGACAAAACGUGGAGCGCAGCUUGCCAAAGAUUCAGCCAUGCUGAGCUGAUGUAGUUUGUCUGCUUGGUUUAGAUCUCACAGCCACUCUCCUCACAGGAUCUUUGGCUCUCCUCGUACUCGAUCGGGUGCUUCACCUCGAGGUGGUGAAAUAAGUUUCGGUUACAGUCCUCUGGCACUUCUUAGAUGCCACCAUGGUUCGUUGUACAUGUGCAAAAGGCUGCGCCAGCUAUACGUAAAUUCAAACGUAGCCUAGUUUGAAGAUAAUGUCUACCUAAGGACUGUUUACAUAUUACUAACAUUUUAAAGGUUGCAUCAGCUGAAAUAGUUCCAACAUAGACAUGAGUUACAACUUCAGUCUUACACCGAGUUUGUGCAAAGUCCUCCGUAAAAUAGUGGUUGGCAUGAAGCAUCGUUCUGAAAGGGGGGAUAACUGGGAGGAUGAGGAGGAGAGAAUUAUACCAGCUACAAACUACUCCUGUAACAGUAUACAGUAUACUCCUGUAACAGUGCACAAACCGUAACGGUACACAGACUACACCUGUAGCAGUUUACGGUGCUGUAGUGUUGGUAUAUAGAGUUAGAUAACUUUCUAAUUAACAGCUACUAAUUUAUAACAGUUUGUUAGUGUCAGCAUCAUUAUGUGUUUGUUAUAACAUUAUGUCAUCUGUCCAACGAUAGCGUACCAUUAUAUUAGCCCAUGUUGUAGUUUAUUGGUUUCACCACUCGAUGUCACUGUUGUUGUUAUUGAACUUCCUGUAGAUCAAGGUUGUUUGCUUGUCGCCUAAUCUUGAUGCUGCAUCCUCAUCUUAGCACCUUUUUGUUGUUGUUUGGUGAUUAAUGUUAGCUAUUUUUAGCAGUUAGCCUCUUCGCUAUUGCAUACCAAAGUGUGAAAGACGAACGGACAACAUGGUCAUAAACAGCACAUUAAGAACUGUGCUUUUCACUGAUUGAACACAGUUAUUUUCUGCGACAAUAUGUUGGUGAGUUUGGGCCAGAUUAGUUCAGGUGAGCCUUUCGUCUCCGCGGUGCAACCAAACAUUGUGUCAUUUAAUGUGGCGCCUGCAGCCUAUCGUGAGUGAGAACUUGCGUAUAGCUGGAGCAACAGAUGCCUGAUCUUUUGUACCCAGACCACCUCCACAUGACUUUAGUCGCUCCUGUUUGUUGAACUAACUCCUCUCCUCCAGCUACGGAGCUGUAGCAAUGCUAAGUCAGCUUUCAGCCAUGCUUGUUGCUGCGUGCUGCGAAAUUUUUAUCAUAUUGAAAAUAUUGUAGUGAAUGAUAUGACAUGGCACACCCCCUCUGCAGGCCUCACUGAGGAUCGUUGGGUGGGUAUAAAUUGUAACUUUUUGAAUGGAGUUUGGUUUGAAGUCAGUGUGUUGAAGUUUCACGCUUCAGUACAUUGACAAUUUCCAAGCUCUUUUUCCAGAGCUUCACCAGCACAGUGUUGUCCUCGCAUGAAUGGAGCUUUCUAUAUGGAAAUUUUGGUCAUGUGAUAACAGGUGAUUGUAUAACCUGCUAUCAUGUAACUGCUCCAUCCAGUGAUGAAGACUGUCAGCUGCAGUUGAAAGUCCUCUUGAUCAAAUCAGGUGAUGAAUCAGUUGAUGAAUCUUGAGCACCAUUAGCUGCUUCUCUCAGUUUACAGAUUGUGUUUUAUUAGCAGGUGUAAAAAUGGGCUUUAAUAACUACAGAUGGAUGUAUAACACCACCUCUCCAGUGCCUCAGGUUCUUCCAGAGGCUAUCGAGCCCACUGCCACGCCUCAGCUGCUUGUGAUGAUUAGCUUGAGUAGGACUUCUUGUGCUUGUUGGACCUGUAUCCAGACUAAAUAUAUGGCUUUAUCCAGGGCAGCAUGUUUAAAAGAAAAAUUCAAAAAACUAAAAAAAGAAGUGAAGUCUUUCUGUGACCAGUAAGUUUUCAUCCAUACACGAAUCCACUCUGGGUUUUUGUAAACAUCUUUCAUUUGUCUUUGGACCAAAGGUGUUAAGAAUGUGAAUUAUCUUGUUUUUGAUUUUAAUUAUUGACAGUAUUCCUUGCACUACGCACAGUAUAAAUGUAAGCUGAUUUCUUCUCAUCUCAGAAGAGACAUUCCAUCAUCACUUAUAUUUGCCAAUUUUAUACCAUUUUAAUACAUUUGCCGUCACAGUGUCUUUGGAUUUGAAAUAUGUGUUAAUUUAUAUUUGUAAAUAUUUUUUUUUUCAUGUGAUAUCUGAUCUCUAUCUGGUGCUCAUAUUGGCUUACUAGCUUCAGAUACUUGUAGCCUGUGUGCCUCUCUGCCAUUUUGAAGGUAUUAGAAAAAACCCAUAAGUACAUAAACGAUGAAAACGUCCCGUGUGGAUUCUCGUCAUGUUUUGCGCUGUGGCUGCUGUUCACAUCUUCACCAGCAGAUGUCCCCAUUGGACAGUAAAUCAAGCUCCUGGCUUCAGUUUCAUACUUAAUCCUGUUUGCUGAUUUUGUUGAUGGACAAACUGAGAUUAAUAAACCAAGUGAACACAUUAACAAACGGUGCAAACAGGUGAAUAAUCCAUGUGAUUGAAAAGAUUAAUGAACCAAACAGAUGAAUAAAUCAAGUGAGGAGACGGAUUAAUGAAGCAAGCGAACAAAUUAACAAAUGGAGGAAGCAGAUUAAUUGUGUGAAUUAAUGGAUUAAUGAACAGAACAAACAGAAAUAAUUCAAGUGAGCGGAUAAAUACACUGAGUGAAUGGAUUAAUAAAUGAUUGAUAAAUCUGGCUUCAUUAUAACAAACAAAAAAACAACACAGUGUUUCAUCUAAAACU